UGCGGGAGGCAGUGGAGGACAGGAGUGCCUGGCGUGCCCUGGUCCAUGGGGUCACGGAGAGUCAGACACGACUAAACAACAACAUGUGUACAGCCUACCCCUCACUUCCAAACUCAGUAUCAUCCCCAAUGCAAAUAACACAGGAAAGAGGAGCCGAGUUCCGGAAGGGAGUUGCAGCAGCAGCGGCAGCAAGAUUCUUGCAUUGCAGCGGAUUGGACUAGAUGUCCCUCGGAGUGCUUUCCAACUGUACAAGUCUAUGAACCGAAGGUCUCCCGCCCCAGCUCCUCCUCUUUGUCCCGGGCCGGGUCCUUUGUCGCCUCCUCCCCGCCCGGGCCAGCCUCUCCUCCUCCAGCUGCUGCUUCUGCCGUCGAUGCCGAGCUCGGAGGCCGCCCCUCUCCGGGGCACGUGCCCGGGGAUGUGCCCGGCCGAGGAGUUCGCGCGGCGGCGCCGGGAAGGCCGCCUGCACCGGCUGGAGCUGGGCGCUGGGCGCGAGGCGGACCCGGCGCUGGCCGUCAAGGAAUACUCGCGCCCGGCCGCCGGCAAGGCGCCCCCGCGGCCCGAGGAGCUGCGCCCGCCCGACGUUUUGCUGGCCACCGUCCGCCACCUGCUGGAGCGGGAGGACCGGGGAUCGGACGCCGGGGACUCCGCCGAGGCUGCGGAGCGCGGCGCCUUCGUAACCGACCGGCUGCGCGCGGUGCGCCUGGACGCGGCGCUGCAGCGGCUCCCCGGCGCGUCCUGCGCCGCCCUCCACGAGCGCGCCCUGAUCUGGCUGCUCCGAGCCGGGACGCGCCUCUGCGCCCAGCCGCCCGCCCGCUUCGACGCCCACCUGCACCGCGCCCACCUGCAGGAGACCUUCGCCGCCCUCCGGCGCGCCUACCGGGAGCACGAGGACGGAGCCCGGCCCGCCGCCCAGCCCCGCUUCCAAGCCCUCUUCCUUCUCUACAACCUGGGCUCUCCAGUAGCUCUCUGGGAGACCCUGCAGCUCCCCGAUGCCAUCCGAACCUCCCCAGACGUCUCCAUGGCGCUGACCAUCAAUUGGGCCUUCCUGGAGCGGAAUUUCGCCCGCUUCUUCCGCCUGGCCCGGGAGCUGCCUUACCUGCCCAGCUGCGCCCUUCACCCCCACCUGGCUGGGGCCCACCGCCUGGCCUUGAUGACCUUCAGCCACGGCUUCAGCGCCAGGAACUCCCGCUACCCUCUGGCACGGCUGGCACGGCUGCUGGCCAUGGACAGCGUGGAAGAGGCGGCGGACUUGUGCCAGGCCCACGGCUUGACCGUGUUGGAGGGGGACGUGGUCUUCCAGAAGGGCUCCUUCAAGGACGGUGUGCCUUUGGUGCAUAAGACUUCCCGCCUGCUUGUGGACGGCAAAUGGGGGGAGUCUACUCUGCUGGAGCUCUCAGAGAGGGUCUGCAGCUGACCCCCUUUGGAAUGACUCUGUGUGCGUGAGCUGAGACUGGAAAGGGGUUUGCAGCUCAGGGUUUUCCCCCUAGAGAAGUUAGACUGGCUCCCUCAUUGUCGUCUGCCUGGCAGUAGGCUUCAGGUGCAGACAGUGUACAGUGGUACCUUGGGUGAAGUUCUUAAUUCGUUCUGGAGGUCCGUACUUAAUCUGAAACUGUUCUUAACCUGAAGCACCAC